AAGGGGGGCAAUGAAAAUCGUGUGAAAGAGAGGACAUUCUUUUUCCAUUAGACAGCGCUAGAGCAUCCACACAUGUACACAGGCUUUAGGGCAAAAGAAAAUGUCGUCGAGGAAAGAGCAUUUUUAUGGGUCUGAGCUGGAUUUUUUUUUUUUUAUUCUUUAUUCCAUGGAAGAGAAUAAAAGUAAGGGUGUCUCUCUUUUUUUGUUAUAUACAUGAUUCAGCUUUUCCUCUUCAUUCCAUUACUCUUUUCUAUUCUUCUUUCUUUUGCCCUUCGCUGGCAUUUAAGAAGACACACUGCGAAUGGUACAAGAAAACUAUUUAGACAUCUUGAUGGAUCGAGGAUUUGGUGACAGUUUAGAUCAUCUUUUAUUGAGAGAUGGCCGAAUUUAUGUGCGAAAGAGGGGAAAGCAAGUUUAGCAAAAAAGCCAUGUUCUAAUAGACUUGGGGUAUUAAAGGUCUCCUUGUAUAUUGCGGAACUGAUGGCGGAAUUGUUCAUAUACGUUGAAUUUGGCCGUCGUAAUAAAUUCAUUCGUUUUUCUCCGAUUGUUGCUGCCGACGAAUAAUGAAUAAUAAUAGCCGAAGAUGAAAGCAAGGGAUAGAAAUUUGUUUGCGCCAAAAAGAAAAGUCCAUCUUAAGAACAAUAGGAUACAGAUGGAACGACUGAAAAGCAAGAAAUGAUCGCCUUGGAAUCCUCCGCUUUCAUCAUCAAUCACGACGCAUUUUCGUUCGAAUAUAUAAUCCGACGGGCGAAAGACGGGCCCGUUAGAGGUCCUGUUUGGGAAACCUUAGUGGCCCGUUUUGAAAAAGAACUUACUCGUUAGCUUGCGAAUAAAACAGGAUAGAAAACUUAAAGAAUGGCGGGCUAUUAUUACCCUAUGUAAAAAUGGCCUCUAUGUAUAGGUAUGUGUAUUUAUAUUAUUAUACUUGAUAUUCAGAAUCAAUAGCUGCAGGGGACAUUUCCAGCCUUGGAUAUGGCAGUCCUAUAGUGAAUUCACGAAAACACGGGGACUUGUAUAUAGUGUAUACAUUCCGCUUGCGGAUAUCCUUUCUUCUCCUCUUAUUCUUCUUUUAUUGCAAGCCGCUCGUUAUCUCUUUAAAAAAAAAAUUGCUUUGUAUAGCCGACGAGAGAAUAGAGAAUGUGUUAUUCUCAUUUUCCUUUUGCUUUCAUCAUUUUUUCUCUCUUUACCAGACAUGAAAGCGGACCUAUUUAUAUAGAGAUAUACAUGUUCUUUAUUUCUAUCCUUUAUGCGUGUCUCUUACUUUUUCUCGCUCUCGUUCUUUCGCUUCCUAUCAGAUCUCUUAUAUACGUCAGGCAUUCUGUAUAUAGGCCUAUAUUCUGUUUUCUUCUCUUCGUCGCUUCGACUCUCUUUUGUAUAUCCUACAGGCUGCUAGUAUACACAAGUGAACAUGUCUCUAUUGCCCGCAUCUCGCUAGAUACGUCCACCGUAAAAAAGAAAAGAGGAGCUCUUCUCUUAUCUGCUGUCAAAUAAACCUUCUUCACGAAAGAUGCCAUUAAGAAUCGAUUGCAUCUCCCUGCUCUUCUUUUCCCCCCCGCUACACUGUGUAGUACGUACACCCCAUUGAAAGUGUAAUAUGUUUCAAUGUUAAGUUAAAAGAAAAAAUGCCAAUAAAUUGAACGCGAUGCAUCUUGAAAUAAUAUUCAGAAUUAUUCAGAAUCGCACGAGGGUCUUUUGUCGGUUCGUUGUUCAGUGAUGUGCCAUUCAUAGGAUUCGCUUGUCCCAGAUGCUCCGUCCUCACAAUAAUCGCGCAACCUAACACCGUCUGUUAGCAAAGUUUCACGUUCUGCGUGUAUUAGUCUAAUAUCUUUAUGGCUUUCCAUCUUCAUCUGUGUACAGCAUAUAUAUACAUUAGCACUCGUCCUGCCACAGGGUUAAAAACUUGUAUUCUUCAGCAUUUGUCUUCUUCGCUUUCUCUGUACUGCUGGAUUCCCGGAAGCUCCCCUACGUUGCCGUGCCUGUUUCUUGCCCAUUUUUCAGGUCCUCCAACUGAGUCUAUUCAUCAUCACGCAAGCUUCGUUCUUUUCGCUUGCAGCCUCUAGUCGACAAGACCGUAGGGACUGGUCAUAAACUUUUAACAAAUAAAAGUAGGAAUACGUUUUUUAAAAGCACUUUUUUUGUAAGACUCUCUCCGUCUGUACACAAUAGGAGAAAACUUGAACGGUCCAGGGAGACCCAAAAUCUACCAGACCGGAUUCGUCGCCACACCAACGAUCUUUAUUAUUUGUUGUACAUCAAGUAAAGGCUGAAACAUUGCUUCGAUGGAAGAGGGAACAGUGUGUGUCUCUUUUAUUCUUGUUCCAUGAAGGCAUUGAUGGCCAAUUGCUCGAAAAGAGAAGCAUCCGCAUAGCGGAUGGAAUUUAACGUAGCACAGCUUUCUAAGACAGGCAACUUGCAACUCGGCCGAUUGUGAGAGAGGAAGUGAAGCUGCAAGAAAGGAUAGCAAUGGAGGGGCAAGAUGUAUACAACUCUCGCUUUCAAUUUGUCUAAAAGCUGGAGGUAGAAAAAAGAAAUGUGAAAGUCCCUUUUUUUGUAUAUCCAACAAGGGGAAGGUAAAAAGAAAAGAAAAAAAGGGAAGAAGAGAAAUGAACUGGUUCUUUUUUAUUUUUUGGAGCUCCAGCUAUACAUAGGGGUGUAGAAUCGAUGAGAUAUAUAAAAAGUGAAACCCUUUACGAUGUUUGGUGAUGAAUGAAAUGUCUCCAACAGAUCUAAGGUAAUUUCCGUCGGGACCCAUUUUUCUCUUCUAACUGCCUCCAGUGAUUUCCUCUUCAUCAAUAGAUGAAAAGUCUUUUUGAUGUCGUGGCAAUGGGUUGAUUCGAAAGGUCACUGGGAGCAACUUUGUUCAAGCGAAUGUAUUUUUGAUAAAUCAAUUGACGCGUACCGGAUAAACUUUUCCAUUUGUGCUCCGAAUGCAAACAAGUUGCAUUUCAGAUUGUGCAACAUUUUCAUUUUGCAAAAAGUAUAGCGUCCAAUAUAGCCAGAAGACUGAAUAAAAGAAAACGAUAGUCAACAUAAAGCAACAGUGUAGUAGGUUAUUACUUAUUAGUGAGUCUGCACGAGUACACCGAAGAUAUAGCAACGGGAUGGCAAAGUAAUAAAGAUGAUGAGUUUUUCCCAGCUGCGGGCCUGUACUACAUCCUGAUCAAAAUCUCGUAGGCUUGCGAACGGACCAAGAGAACAUCAAGUUUUUUCUUUUUUGCGAAAGAUUGUAUUAAAGUUUUUCGACCGUGAACGAAAAAAGCGGCCAAGUGAAAAUUAGAAAUUGAUUAUCGAUCGAAUGAUGGAGGACGAAGAAAGGUAGUAAAAAUUGAAGGCACGCCUCUGGCGAAUACGAAAUGGUUUGAACCGUCUAAAAAGAACAGAGUGUUUUGCUCUUGUGCUACGUCAAGCGCAUCUUAGUCAGCAAGAAGGGGGAAAAGCAAAAAAAAUCUCAUCAAAUGGCUUCCAUCGCAUUAAGCAGAUGAGACGGCGGAGCCUCCGGAUUGGAGAAAGAAAACGAGCGAAUAUUUUCUUACACGUAUUAUAAAACCAGCCUUAAAGGGAAUGCCAUCAUCGUAUAUAGUGAAGGUGUUUGACAUUAUUUUGUUCGUGUUAUUUCCCCUUUUGAAAACUGGCAAUUUGCAUUUGUAUCACCGCUAACGCGAAACGAUAGGAAAUCAAAGCGCAUAAAAGACUCUUUUUACGCGUCAUCUAUAUAUAGGUGUAUAAGCUAUAGUCGAUUGAAUUACGUCAUAUAUUGCGCUAUCGGGCUUUGCACUCCUUGCUGGCCCAUUUCCUUUUUGUCCCUCGAGGUGAGAUGAAGCGUCAAAAGAGUUUUUUUUUAUUUUCAGCUUCAAGCUCUUCUCUCUUUUUCCCCGACGGUCUAAACCGCCACUUCAUUUGCAGUUAACGCGUUUCGAACCCUGCUGAGAUCCGCACCGGAAACGAUUCUAAAAAAGAAAGAACCAAUGAACUCACUUUAAUACAGCGAGACCCUUCACUCAUAGCAAUAAAAUUGCAUUCGCUUGUUUGCAUAGCAAAGUACCAAACCUUUUUUUGGCUUGCGAAAAGAUGGCCGACUUUCCUUUAUCUACACGGAAUGUUUCAACAAAUCUAUGAUAGUAAAGCCUUCUGAACUUGCCCCCAAAACUGUCAGUGCUGUAUUCUGUUUGCUAUGGUGUUCGUCCGUCCCCCACCAACUCAUUUCGACACUUUUAUUUUUUAUUUUAGACGCGCACGUACUUGAGAGUUGAAGAGGGUCUUUUCUCUUUACCAUCCGAUUCUUUGAUUCCGCCACGUAUUUUUUCUUUUCGGUAACGGUAUCACGUUCUGUCCGACGACUAAAUGGAUCAAAUGGAAAGAACACGCGGAAUUGUAUCCAAAAGGCACAGAACGUGCUGGCGUUUAUUCGAACGUUCCGCCAAUCUGGUCCAGCUGCGUCCAAUUUUCGCAAAGUUUCUUGUGAAUACCUUUACUGUCUACAUGUUGUCUCAGAAAAAAAAAAAUUUAUUUAUUUUUACUAGGAAUCCACCAACUAUCCUUGAUCUCUUUUUGAAUUAUUCAAUAGACAAUCACACGAUUUUUCAGAAUAAAUGUAAAAAGAGAGAACUUGCUAGUGAAGGCGAGACGCGUGCGCCCUGGUUAAGAUGAAAGAUCAGAAUAAAGAGAAGAGGGUCGAGUUUUCAAUCGAUUUUGUGUUCUUCACGUCUCAAUCAGCACAUAGACGUAUAUACCGAGAGGGACUCAUUCCUGCUGUUUUGUCGACCAUAUAAAAGUACUAUUGUACAUAGAGCGACAUUUUUCAUUGUCUAUACGUCAUUGCCCGCAGUGUGAUUAUCGUGUCGAUUGGAUGACACGCUAAAAGAACAUUUGAAAGCUGAACGACAACACAAAAACAUGACCAUGUAACUUUGGAUGCGACAGUUUUAGGCACUCGUCGUUGUUUUCUCGUUAAGAGUUUUCCCAAUGCGGGGUUCCAGCCAGAACCAACAAAUAAAAUGGGGGAUAAAGUCGCAACAUUUACACACGAUUCGAAUGCUACAAUAUAUUCAAAUUUCUCUUCAGUAAACGAACAAUUGAAAUUCAAAACGAGUCCAUAUUAAACGGGGUUUUUUUCCCGAAUGUCGUCUAUAGUCACGACUCUCGAUGGCUUCCACAAUCCAAAAAGGACCACCUACGCAUCUUAACGUCAUAUACUUGCGAUGCGUCGACUAUUUUUUUGCAUUAUUAACGAUUGUUCCUUGUGUUUGGCCAAUAAUAAAUACGGUGAAAAUUGUGCAGAACCGCCGUGACUUGUAGGAGGACAACAUGUCACUCGCACUAAUUGACAGCCCCACAUUACCCAACUGUGAUGGAUCGGGUUGUUCUUGUUCUCCGCAACCUCGUUAGUGGCUACAUGUUAUUCACAAGGUAAAAAGGAGACAUACACAUUUUAACUUUGUUGGCGGAAAAAAACAACAACAACAAAACUUAACCCGAGGACACAGAAACAGACAAGCAAAUAAAACGAAAACAUAAACUUUUUUCUUACAGAUAAAUCCUUUUAAUAUCAUUUGACUGCUCUCUUCGGAUGAUGUACGGCUCAAUCUUUAUUUUAGGCUUUUUGUUUGGUUUUGCCCGGCUUCGUUGAUAUCGGACCCAUCUGUCAAUGCCAACUGUCAUCUUAUCCUAUAUAGAGCUGUUCUGUAUGGUAGAUAUAGAUGAUCAUCCCCUCCACCACUUUGGAUUGUUGUUUUCUUCGCUUUCUUUUCCAAUCCUUUCCAUUUUUACUUUCUAUAUUCUACCCCUGUCAUUUGUUGUCUCCUACUUCCUUUUCUUUCCCCCCUCAUAUUCUCUGAGAUGGUUGCGGAACUACAGCGGAACUCGGAAACAAUGAAAGCUCCUCUCGACUCCGAUGCAGUAUACAACAAUAGAUAUUGGCAUGCCACUGUAUAGGCUCCGUAUUGCAGCCCUUCUCUAUACUACGCAGAUAAGGCCUAUAUACAUAGAAACUUACCGAAAAGGAAAGACUCAAUGGCUCGGAACCAAAUUUCUUUCCAGCCGAUUUGAUGGUUACGAGAAAUGUGAAGCCACUCCAUAAAAGAAUGGCGAUGUGUGUAUAUAUCUACAAGGAAAACAAGACAUAAGGGAAGCUACCAAAGUGUAUACGUUCUUCUUGGCUGCAUAUAUACGCUCUGAUCCGUAUGCAAGUUGAGACGCGUCGGCAAUUAACUAUAGACGCCCUCUGAAUCCUGACAAAAUUUAUCGGUCGAACCAAAAUCUUUCGCGGCUCUAGUCCAUACACAAAGAAAUCGUCGAUGACCACGACGUGUUUACGUUCAAUCACGUCCAUUUCUUUUACGUCAAACUUGGUAAUCGACUCAUGUUCUUAACCGGAAUAAUACGCAGCACCUACUUCAAAACUCACGUCAUCGUUGGUUAUACGCGACUGAAUCAAAGAAACGCUCGUGAGAUCGGCGAGAGUUCAUCCAAAAAUUCCAUAUUGUUGACCAUGGCCGAGUGAUGGGCGCUGAGAAGAGAAGUCAUUUGUGGGGCGGCGGGAUCGAGUGCGAAUCGAUGAAGUUUGGAGGAGCGCAACAUCAGCAACGCGUCGGUUGUUGUUGUUGUAAGAGCAGCGGAAAAAGAGCCGCCCGGCAAAGUGUUGAAGAAGGCAAACAUGGUGUGACAUUGAGCGAGUGGUUACCGUGCCUAAUACCACCAGCGUUGGCACUCGGUGUCUACACUAAUUCGCUGGGUGGAGAAUUCGUUCACGAUGACCUGAGUGCCAUCACGGCCAACCGAGACAUUACCGACCCAGCGGCCGGCACCUGGGAUUUCCUAUACAACGAUUUUUGGGGCACUUCUCUGCUCGAUCCUCUGAGUCACAAAUCAUAUCGACCACUCACCAUUCUCACUUUCAAGUGGAACUAUGCCUUGAGCGGACUCAAUCCUUGGAGCUAUCACGCGGUCAACGUGAUCCUCCAUGCAGCGGUCAGCGCCUUGUUUGCGUGGCUCUGUCUCAACUGUCUCGGCCUCUCCAAGUUGUCGUCCCUAUUGACCGCUUCGCUCUUCGCCAUCCAUCCGAUCCACACGGAAGCGGUUUCAGGUAUCGUGGGCAGAGCCGACAUCCUAACAACUCUGUUCUUUCUGUUGUCCUUCAUCAGCCAUGACAGGGCGACGAUGAAUAAUCAGAAAUCAGGUGGAAUGAGAAGCGGAUCUCGACAUCCAGUGACAUGUUUCAAUGUCCUCUUUCUGAGGAUUGUUAGUUUGUUGUCGGCCUUCUUGGCUCUGGCGGCCAAAGAAAACGGCAUUGCCGCUCUACCCGUCGCCAUCACUUGGGAUAUUAUUCGUCUACAUCAACAAUCGGCCAGUAGCUGUGACACUCGUCGAUGCGGCCGUGGCAAAAUCUACACAUCGGCCAGCAACAAAUCGACGAGUAGAUGGAACAGUUGCAGUUGCUGGUUGACGGUCGUCUUCAAAUGCUGGCCUAUUCUUUUGUCGCUCUUCACCACGUUCGUACUGCUCGCGGCUAGGAUUGCUCUACAGCAAGGCCAGCUACCUCUUUUCUCCGAGCAAGACAAUCCGGCAGCGUUUGCUUCCAGUCGAAAAGCCAGGAUACUCACCAUGCUGUAUCUACCAGCCUUUAACAUGGGACUACUCUUGGCCCCAGUGUUGCUGAGUUACGACUGGCAGAACGGCUCGAUCCCAUUAGUGGAGGACUGGCGCGAUUGGCGUAACGUGGGAACGCUCUUCUUCUACACGUCACUGGCCGUUACGCUCGUCUACGCCUGGCUCAACCGCAAAAAGGUAAUUUUAUGGAGCGCUGCCGUCAUGGUCUGGCCGAUGCUGCCAGCCUCCAAUUUGUUCUAUCCGUGCGGAUUCGUCGUUGCGGAGCGGCUUCUCUACCUCCCAAGUCUGGGUUAUUGCCUGAUCGUGGCUCUUGGUUUGCGGAUCGUCUUUCGUUCGACGCGAUCCCGGUGGACGAUUCGUGCUGGUCGACUGGUCUGCCAUCAAAACGCGACCGGAUCCUAUGCCUCAUUACGACGCCGUCGUUCGUCGUCGACUUGUUCUUCUUCUUCAUCCUCAUCUUCUUCCUCUUCUACGUCAUCGUCGUCUUCUUCUUCUUCGAACUACUGGCGGCCUGAUCGUCAAGUAUUCGCCCGUUGCCUUUUCUUGUUCGGUGCCAUCCUACUGGCCGUCUGUUUCGCCACUAAAACCUGGACACGCAACCUCGACUGGGCUGAUCGUCGGACGCUUUUCGAGUCCGGAUUGCGGACGCUUCCUAAUAACGCCAAGAUGCACUACAAUUACGCUAACGUUCAGAAAGACGACGGCCGCUGGGAAACUGCUAUCGAUCACUAUCGAACAGCUAUCGAAUUAUGGCCCAACUACGCCAGCGCUCUCAAUAAUUUAGGGACCGUUUUGCUUGCCCGAGCUGACGACAUGGAAGAUGGUGACCGCCGCAAAGAGAUGGCCGUACAAGAGGCAGAGCUCCGCUUCCGCGAUGCCAUUCGUUCUCAUCCGCACCACGCUCACGCCCACUACAAUCUCGCCGUUCUUUAUUUGCAGCGGAAUGAGACAGAGCAGGCCCUCCAUCUGCUGAAUCAAGUUCUCACUCUAAACUCGAACCACCGAGAAGCUCUGAACUUACUGCAUUGGCUGCAAGCGGAAAAGAAGAGCGCCAAUGUGGAUACCGGGUCGAGCAGCAAUGGCCGAACUAUAAAGCAUUACAGGAAUGCGGACAAAACGACGAUUGGAGCCAUACCAGCGGCUCACCAUCCGCCAGCAUCUGCAAUGCCCAUGACCGGCCACUGGAUCACGGCCAAUCGAUUGCAACAUCAGCAGCAGGCCAAAUUGCAUCAUCAGCCGCAACGGCAAGAGUCCCGUCAGCAACGUGGCGGCACCACCUCCAACUACCGUUGGAACAAAACGGCCAAAAACUGAAAGGUUAUUUCUUAUUUAUUCGCCAUUAUUUUCUGAUAGAUCGUUAUUAUUAUAUGAGGUUGGCCAAAUAUUUCCUAUCCAUGGAUCAAACCUCAUACGCUGUAUAAUAAAAAAUGGAUUCACUUGGCCUGUAACCAGGAUGUCUCAUCAUCAUUAAUUAGUAUAAUCCAGAACAAUGUCAUCUAAACUGUAUGAUUAGCUCCAUCACGCGUCAUAUCCGCUAGAUGCGGACUAAGUAAUGCUUGUUAACAUGAAACGUGGACCCAAUGACGCGGGCCGUCACACUACGUAAAUCCUUGCUGACACUGACUGGCCAAAGUUUAAUAUAAAAAAAAAAAAUGAUACGAACGAAUGUAAUCAUAUAAUGUACUAUAUUGUUGACGCAUAUAUAAUUAAGGGGGAAAAGAAAGUGUUGAUGUAAUGCGAUGACACGGCAAUAUUUUGUUCCGCUGAUGGGCGAGGAUACAUACUCGGGUAUAAUGGAAUACAAAUGUUGUUGGUUA